GCGCUGCCCCGGCGGCGCGGCGGGAUGUCGGGUACGGCGUUUGAUAGCUGUUUUGUAGCCAUUUUAAUAGCUUUAUCGUGUUUGUGGUGUUAGAGCGUGUGCUGCCACUUCUCCGUAAGUAGUUUCCUUGCUUUUCACCGGCUGUCCCUCAGGGAAUUGUUUGGAGCCCUCGGGUUACAAGUUGCGGUGGCAACUUCGGGGGAGGGUGUUGGUGGAGUAGCUUUGGCAGAGUUGGAACGGUAAUUUUUUUUUAAAUCAAAGUUAUUCGUAUUUGCUAAAUUUCGGCUACAAAAAGAGUUUUUGCCACCCUGACUGAGAGAAUUUGCCAGGGUUAAGGUGGAUGCGAAGAGUCACAGAAAUAUUUAGAUGCUUAUGCUCUUUAAGCCUGUAAGCAAGUCUUUUUUCAGAGAUGAGAAUCAAUGGCAAUUUUACUGGAAUGAUUCUAGACUCUCUAAACACAACUGUGAGAGCUUGAUUAAUUCUGAGGGUGCUGAAACACAGACGGCAGAAAAUCAGGCUUUCACAUUAUAAAGGUGAGGAGCACUUUGCAAGAACUCCUUCAUUCGUAUCACGCAUUCAUGAAACUGUUGGUUAUUUUUAUAUUUGUCUAUACAGUCUAACACUGAUGUGCUCCUUCCUCCCUCAGUGUUGUGAUUAUUUUGACUGUUAAAUUCAAAAACAUGUUUUCAUGCUAUGAGGUACCCUGAGCUACUUUGUCUCAGAGCACUUUCCAGGACAAUAUUACUUUUUGAAAAUAAAAUUCAGCUUUUCCUAGACAGAAAGAGCAUUGCAGGAAUAUUAUUUCUACAAGGACAACAGGAAUUUUUGGGUUAUCUGAAAGACCAAUCCAUGAUUCAGUAUCACACACUGGGUUGCAUAGUUCCUCAUUCCUUAAACUGCUUUAAAACUUUAAACUGCCUUUAAAGUUUAUCUUCACAGGUGAGAAGUGACUGUUUACUUUUAGGAACACAUGGAGUUGUUCUGACAUUGCAGUUAAUUACAUUUAGGAAUGUUUUAUAAUUGCAAUCUGCUGAGCACCCAUCUGUGAUGUAUUAUCACAGAAAUUACUCUUUUAGGAGGUCUGCUUAGACUGUGGUCUUUCACUUGAGCUGUGAGGUUUUUGGUCCAGUCCAGGUGUGGCACAUGUAUUCCCAGAGUCAGUGUGGGUCCUGUGAAAGUUUAGUUGCACUUUGUUCCCACAGUGACAAAUUUAGGAUGACACAGCCCCAGGUGCUCUCCUGUGAUUAACAGAUUCUCCAGAUGAAGUUGUGGUUGUCAUCCAGCACUCAGGAACAUGCUCUGCAUUGUAUUGUUCCUGUUGUGAAUCUGUACACCUCCUAUUGUUCAUAUAGUGUCUGAUUCUGAAGUAUUUGUGGAUUUUUUUUUCCCCAUUUCAUGUAUCUUUUUGCACUUUUCUCUGCACAGAAACAUUUCAGGCUUUCUCCAGGCAGGUUUGUACCUGGCAACACCAUCUACUCCUAACUCUCAAACUUCAGCUGUUGUCUUAGGCCAGCCUUACGCUGUCCUCACUCACAUCAACAGUCCUGGUAAAGUCCAUGGAAACAGCAAAUUUAAGCAACAGGAGGCAUUAGAUGAGAUGUCAGAAAAACAGCCUCACCUUCAUUACUGACCUGCUGCAUGACCUCAGGCAGAUCUUUUAUAGCCCCUAGAAGGGUGUAGGUGAGAUGAGCAGGAUGAUGGAGGUGGUGGAGGUGCCGCCAGAGGGGUAUUCCCUGAUCAAAGCCGUGUACCAGAGACGCCUCCGCCUCACCAGGCUGUUGAUCGAUGGGGGUGCCUACGUCAAUGAGAGCAACAGCAGAGGCGAGACCCCCCUCAUGGUUGCUUGUAUGACUGAACAUGUGGACUUGCAGAGUGCCAGCAAGGCCAAGAUGGUUAAGUACCUGCUGGACAACAAGGCUGAUCCGAACAUCCAGGACAAAUCCGGGAAGACGGCCCUGAUGCAUGCAUGCUUGGGCAGAGCGGGCCCAGAGGUGGUGUCUCUGCUGCUCAUGAGUGGGGCUGACCCAAGCCUGCCUGACCACUCCAACUGCUCUGCUCUCGUGUACGCAAUAAACUCUGCAGACAGAGAGACCCUAGAGGUUCUGCUCAACGCUUGUAAGGCACGAGGGAAAGAGGUGAUCAUCAUCACCAUGGACAAAUCUGCAUCGGGGAGGCAGGAAACUAGACAGUACCUGAACAUGCCUCCCCCAGAGCUCGGGGAGUGUCAGUACCCAACUGCCUGCACCUCCCCAUCGGAAAUAGAACCCAGUGAGACUCCAGAGGGACCAUUCAGCUUCAGAGAGCUGUAUCCUCCACGGGAGGAGGACAGCUUAUCUCAAACAGGGUCACUGAUGAUGAAGCCCAGCCCGAUACAGGCCCGGUUCAAGCUGACCCAUGUGCAGCAGCUGGAGCGUGAGCCUUGGGUAAAGUGCUGCCCAGCAGUGUUUCACCAGAGGAAAAUUGCUUCUUCACAGGAACUUCAGAGUAUCACUCCCAUAGAAAAGCUCUCUUGUAAAGUCAGUGGCCUUGGCUUAUCAAAGAGAGUCAACACCAGUCCCCGAAGUAUUGACAGGAAAGACACUGCUCAUGUAUUCAAAACCUCUGAUGAAACUGGGUCCAGGAAACCACCACCUGACAAGAUAAACUAUCAGACUCCUUUUGUUGAAGAGAAACAUAACCCCAGUGUGAUUCCCAUGGGUCAGAGUGUCAGUCUGGGACAAAUCAGCUUAAUUUCAAACCUCAGCGGUUUUUUCAGGAACAAAAAUGCAAAAACAGGUCACAACAGUUCUGAUUCUCAGUUAAUUGCUGGUCUAAGUCCUGCUGCUGCUGCAGAAGACAGUAAGUCAGCAAUAGGAAAGAAAGAGAUUAUUUCUCCAUCUCACUCCUUGUUACCAAGUUCUAGAGAAGUUCUGGAGAAAAUGCCUUCUGUUACUGUGAAAGGCAGAAAUCAGGCUUUCCCAGAAGGACAAGGGUCAGGAGCCUUAGCAUUGGAUCAGACAAGGCCAGAUUUUCUGCCACCCCUGAGUGUGAACCCUUGCCCCCCAGUUCAAGAGCUCACUGUCAUAAACACAGUUUCUGGGAUGAUUUCUUGUGGGCAAACACAGUUAGGGCCAGCAGCACCUGCUUUUCCUAGGAUGACCAAAAACACCAAUCUGCUGCGCAGGAGGCCGUAUGAGCAGAUUACAGUCUGAGCAGGUUAAGCAAUUACUGAAUCUUUAAUGGGGGAUAAGGGGCUACAAACUCUUUGAUAUGUAAAUAUUCACUGCACUCCCUGAUUGUAAUGGUGCAUAUCACAAAGUAGAGCCGGUCUGUGAUGUAAAGCUCUGUGCCUUGGGAUGAGUCGAACAGCUUAAAGACUACAUGAAGACAUAAUUAAUGAAUGAGGCUGCUUUCUGCAAACUGAGGAAUAUUUAUUUUCCUGGUUUUCUAAGAUUUUCAACUUACCUGUGACAGACUGAACCCACAAUGCCUCUUAAGCACUGCAGUUGUAAUUGUACGUUGUAAAUAUGACUCCUAGAUUUUCCCAAACAUGUACUCUUUUUGCACCAACAGAGGUCAUACACAUGGAGUUUGGGAACCUGAAACAGUUGACUGUGAUGCUGGACACCAGCCUGACUGUCCAGGUUGUACAAUACCCAAAAAACUCAGACACCAGGUGUACACAGGCAAUGUCUCCUGCUUCUAUGACUUCACUCCAUGUAAACAGUUAAUAAAAGUCAUGUUGCAGA